UUUGCAUUCCCACAUGUAGAUAGCCCACCGGCUUCAACGCAGAGGCCUCAGCUGUCCCUGGAAGGCGGUCCGGGAUCGUCAGCGAGGCCCUUGCGGCACCAGUGUCGCUUCUGCCCUUACGCAUCGAAGUGGCGAAGCAGCCUGGUGCUGCAUGAGCGAGUGCACACGGGCGAGCGGCCAUUUCGGUGCCACCUCUGCAGCCGCGCGUUCGCGAGCCGCGGAGACAUGGUGCGCCACCUGCGUACGCACACUGGUGAGCGACCCUUUCGGUGCCCGCUCUGCCCGGCCACUUUCACCCAGAGCAACGUCCUGGUGCAGCACGAGCGGGUGCACACGGGCGAGAGGCCGUUUCGGUGCCACCUAUGCAACCGUGGGUUUGUGCAUCGCUCGCAUGUGGUGCGCCACAUCCGCACACACACUGGCGAGCGACCCUUCCAGUGCCCGCUCUGCCCGGCCACCUUCGCACAGCGCAGCAAUGUCAAGGUGCACCUGCGCUCGCACUCUCCACAGGAGGUAGCAUCAAUCACUUCGCACAGCUGGCUGAAACCAGCAGUGUGAUGCAGCAGGCACUCACACAUGUUUCUGCAUCUAAAUAAACAAAAAUAUUCCACCUUUGA